CUUGCAUUCAGGGAAAACAUUCGUACAUAUAAAAAUGAAGACAAAAGAAAAGAAAAAUGAAUGAAUCCUUGCUAUCUGAACUACAAGUCGCCUGGCACCACCGGGUUCCCUGCGGGGACCUGCAGGCGGCUUCGCCCUCCUUCCGCUUCCGGCUGUUGGUUGCUAGGCUCCCUGGGUCCGAGCAGCAAGAGGCAGCAGGCAGAGAUUGCAGCUCGGUGCGGCGCCGCUGACUGUCUAGCCUACAAUGCAGCAGUAACAUGUUCCCAGCGUUGGAAACGGAACUAAAACAGGAGACUCUUCCUGAUCCCUAUGAAGAUUUUAUGCACCAUCACCUCCAGUAUUAUGGAUACUUUAAAGCUCAAAGAAGAACUUUACCAAAUUCUGCUAUUCAGCAGCGUGUUUGGAAAAGUAGCCCUCAGUACAUGAUGAAUGGCUCCUUUGGAGAAAGAGAUGAUUUGAUCUCGGAUACCUUAGAAAAAGAGACAUUUCUAUGGCAUACCUGCUUGUCAUCAGCUGGACACACUCAGAUAGAUGCUGUAAGCAGAGAUUCACUUAUGCUGAGUUCACCUCUUCUUAGAAGCAGACAGCUUCUUUAUGAUGAAUUCAAUGAAGUGAACCCACGUCUUCGAGAACCCCGAGAGCUCUUAUUUUUCUCUAACAGAGGGCUACUACAAACUCCAAGAUGGCCGAUAGAAUGCGAGGUCAUCAAGGAAAACAUUCGUCAUAUUGAGUGGGUUCCACCUCAACCAGAAAAUUUCUAUCAACCUACAGGAAAUGAAAAAGUACCAGAGAUUGUAGGGGAGGACCAAGGCACAGUCGUUUACCAGUUAGAUUCAGUGCCCACUGAAGGCACCUAUUUCACCAGUUCCAGAAUGGGAGGCAAACAAGGAAGUAUCAAAGAACUAGCUGUCACGUUGCAAGGGCCAGAAGAUAAUACUCUGUUGUUUGAAUCAAGGUUUGAGAGUGGGAAUCUGCAAAAAGCUGUCAGAGUAGGUGCCUAUGAAUAUGAACUCACCUUGCGAACUGAUCUCUACACAGCCAAACACACUCAGUGGUUUUAUUUUAGAGUUCAGAACACCAGAAAAGAUGUCACUUAUCGCUUCACUAUUGUCAACUUCCUGAAACCCAAGAGCCUUUAUGCAGUAGGGAUGAAACCUCUCAUGUACUCUCAGUUGGAUGCUACCACCUACCACAUUGGUUGGAGGAGAGAAGGACAUGAAAUCAAGUACUACAAGAGCAACAUGGAUGAUGGGCAGCAGCCCUUAUACUGUCUCACCUGGACCAUUCAGUUUCCUCAUGACCAGGACACUUGCUUCUUUGCACAUUUUUACCCAUAUACUUACACUGAUUUGCAGUACUAUCUCUUAUCAGUGGCAAACAACUCCAUCCAGUCUCAGUUCUGCAAGCUCCGAGCCUUAUGCAGAAGCCUAGCGGGAAAUACUGUCUAUUUACUCACCAUCACCAACCCAUCCAGGAGCCCUCAAGAGGCAGCUGCAAAGAAAGCCGUGGUCUUGAGUGCUAGAGUCCACCCUGGAGAAAGCAAUGGCUCUUGGAUUAUGCAAGGCUUUUUGGACUUCAUCCUUAGCAACUCCCCAGAUGCCCAGCUCCUCAGGGAUAUAUUUGUCUUCAAGGUGAUUCCAAUGUUAAAUCCAGAUGGCGUGGUUGUGGGGAAUUACAGGUGCUCAUUGGCUGGAAGGGACUUGAACAGGCAUUAUAAAACCAUUCUGAAGGACUCUUUCCCUUGCAUUUGGUACACCAAGAACAUGAUCAAAAGACUUCUGGAAGAAAGAGAGGUUCUCUUGUAUUGUGAUUUCCAUGGGCACAGCCGUAAGAACAAUAUCUUCCUCUAUGGCUGUAACAGCAACAGUCGCAAGCACUGGCUUCAUGAGCGUGUCUUUCCUUUAAUGUUAAGCAAAAAUGCACCAGAUAAGUUCUCUUUUAACAGUUGUAACUUUAAGGUCCAAAAAUGCAAAGAAGGAACAGGACGAGUUGUGAUGUGGCGGAUGGGAAUCCUAAACAGCUAUACCAUGGAGUCUACUUUUGGUGGGUCCACUCUGGGUAGUAAAAGAGACACUCACUUUACCAUAGAGGAUCUAAAGUCCCUAGGUUAUCAUGUCUGUGACACUCUUCUUGAUUUCUGUGAUCCUGACCAAACCAAGUUUGCUCAAUGUCUACAGGAGCUUAAAGAACUCUUACAACAGGAAAUCCACAAAAAGUUCAAUAACCUUGGACAAACUAUGGAUUUAGAAGGAUGCUGGGAUGACAUCCCUUUGUCUGACAUUGAAUCCAGCACAAGUGGUUCUGACAGCUCUCUCUCAGACGGUCUUCCUGUUCACCUACUGAACAUAGCAGAUGAGUUGAAUCAGAAGACGAUGUUGUUAAAGAAGCCAAAAAAGAAGCGACUUCAGACUAGGAAACAGCGAAAUGAGAAGUAUCAGAAAAAUUAUUUGAUGCGGGAGUUAAAGUUAAGAGAAGAUGCUCCAGGAAGGAUAAAAUUUGCUUCUACUCUGCAAAAGCAGCCUACUUCUUUGAAAAAUCCAGAGAACUCCAAUUCUUCGAUAAAGAGAAAUGAAAAACCAAGGCUCACCGAGGCACAAUUAAGUGGAAGAGCCAAAGGCACCUCCCUGGACCAACCAUUGAUCAGCCUGGUUCUCCCCAAGAGUAAAGAAAGAGUACAGAGUAAGAAGCCAGGCUUUACAGCAUCAUGCUCUCCAAAGCGAAGCACAGAUUCCAGCCUAGGAUCACCUCCAGAUGUGAAGCCAAACUGGCCUAGGAAUAGAUAUCCUGCCACAAGGAGAGACCGCGCCACCAUGGCAGUGUACCCAUCCUUGCACAUUUAUACAUACCCAUAA